GCGACAGCCUACUGGAAAGAGGGACGCCGGACCCGGUGUGUUUGCAAUUCUAAUCAUUGGCUUUGGGCCCAAUUCUCUUCCAAAUAAGAAGACAGGAGCUGCAGCUGAGGCGUGAGGGGUCUUCUCAUUGCAGUGGACUUCGGUGAAGAUCCUGUUUCUUGUCAGAGCAAAGGGGAAAGGGUCAGGAUGGUGGAGGCUUUCUGUGCUACCUGGAAGCUGGUUGACAGUCAGAAUUUUGAUGAGUACAUGAAGGCUCUCGGUGUGGGCUUUGCCACCAGGCAGGUGGGAAAUGUGACCAAACCAACAGUGAUUAUCAGUCAAGAAGGAGACAAAGUGGUGAUCCGGACUCAAAGCACUUUCAAGAACACAGAGAUUAGCUUUCGCCUGGGUCAAGAGUUUGAUGAACUCACUGUAGAUGACAGAAACUGUAAGUCUGUUAUUAGCCUGAAUGGAGACAAACUUGUUCAUGUACAGAAAUGGGAUGGUAAACAAACAGUUUUUGUAAGAGAAAUUAAAGAUGGCAAGAUGAUUGUGACUCUUACUUUUGGUGAUGUCGUUGCUGUUCGUCACUAUGAGAAGGCAUAGAAAGUUCCUCAUUGUGAGCUGGAAACUUUUCUCAUGUUUCUCUUCUCGAGGCUCAGUGCUGUCCUCCUGUUACAGCAGAGCUGAUCCCUAAUUGCAAGGUUCACUUUGGUGUGGAGGUGGAAAGUAGUGAUUUAAAAACUUGUUACUCCUAGCAGCCAGCCCAGUUUUGAUAUGUGAAUAUAUCAUGGUUUGUAAUUUGAAUCAAACUGUAAAUUCAUUUUUUAUAAAGAAUUGAAAACAUUGCACAUUUGUGUAAUGUAAAGCUUGGAAUAAAGAUUUUACAUGUUCAUA